UUGCGACAGCCUCUCUGCUUUCCGUUAGCAAAGUUCAUACUUUACGGCAGGGAACAGUCUUCCACAUGGCGUCGUCCAACCAGACUGGAAAUUGUGUGUGUGAGCUUUUGUAGCUACGUUUGUGUGUUAGAAAUAUAAAGGUUAAUUACAUACGUCGUUCGCACUUUAACAAUAAUUGAAAUGGGUAAAAGUAAAACUACAAAAUUCAAACGUCCGCAGCUCAACGCGGUUGGGUUGCCGGUGAAUGCUGUGAAGGAAGUGGACGCUGAAGAGGAGGGCCACGGUUAUGAUGGUUGUCCAGCUGUGGAGUUGCUGGAGAAAUUGCAGAGUCCCAGUGCAGACAUGCGAGAGUUUGCAUGUGCCAGCAUUUCUCGGGUGGUGCAGCAGACCCAAACCAUCCCAGGCUUCCUCCAGAGGGAUGCUGUGAGGCGUCUGGGGCCCAUGCUCCUGGACAGGAGUCUGGCUGUCAGGGAGACUGCAACAGGAGCACUCAGGAAUCUCAGUGCAUGCGGAGGCCAGGAGGUGUGUGAGGACAUGGUGAAACAUGAUGUCAUGACUCCUCUGACAUCGUUGCUUAGAGAGUGCUGUGCUAAUUUUGAGAGUGCCACUGUGUCAAUGAAAGACCAGAAGAAUGCUGUGGAGGAUGUAGCGAAUGAGGCUGUGAACUUACUGUGGAAUCUAUGCGAGAGCAGCACCCAGGCACUGACUGUGUUCAACAAAGCAGGUCUCCUGGAUGUGGUCAUUCAGUGUCUGGAGAGGCACCCACACAAUGUGGAACUGGCUUUAUCUGCUGCCCACUGUUUGCACACUGUGACUGAGGAUAACCCAGAGCUGCUUUGUAGCAUGAACACCGCUGUGCUUGGAGUCCUGGACAACGUGCUCCUGUCAUCUCAGCCAGACAUGGCACACAUUCUCCUUAGGACGUUGGCUGCAGGGACACUGUGGAACAUGAAGAGCAAUCUUCCUGUUGCCCAUCAGGCCCAGAUGCUCAACGCUGCGGUGGCCACCUUGUCACAGUGCCUGGAUCUGGACACAGGUACUCUAAUACCUGAACUCAGACGAGCAGAAGAGGUUCGCUAUAGAAAUGCGCCACCUGUGACAGACACAGAAGACCAGGCUGUAGGAGAGCUCCCUGUGGACGAGAUGGAAGGAGAGGAGGAACCACCUAAACAAAAGAGGAAUGGAAAAGCUGCGAUGGCUGAUAACGACUUCUCAGACCUCUUGCCUCGGGGCAAGGAGGAGCUGAGGGAGGCGACGGCCUUGCUGACAGCCCAGCAAACGUCAUUAGAGAUCAUUGUCAACAUGUGCUGCUCUGACGAGCCAUCUGAUGACGAAUGGGAGGAGGAGUCGAGCAGUGACGAAAGUGACAUGGGUCCAGAUGGCCUUUGUGACGGAGUGUCCAAUCUCCUGUCUCCACUGUGUUUGUCAGCUGAGGUUCAUGGGGCUUUAAUCAACCACAGCAUCCCUGAAAAGGUCCUCCGAAAGACUGAGUUUGCUAGAAAGGAAGCUGUGGAUGUGUGUCUUCAGAAUUCCUCUUGGAGAUGCCUGAUAAAAAAGAUGAAGCGUGUACAGUCCCGGGCUCUGACAUGCCUCCAUAGCAUCCUCUCCACUAUGGAUGCAGAGUCUCUGGGAGGCCCAGCAGUCCUGCAGACUGCAGCACAGCACCUGUCCACAUUGGUUUUUGGAGCAGCAGAGACACUCAAAGAUGAGGAGUUCCUUGAGGCUGUGAUCAGUGCUGUCCGGUCUCUCUUACAGAUGAUUGCAUCCACAAAUAUCUCCCAGUGUAUGACGCCUCAGCAGCUGAUGAGCCUGAGCGAAGCAGCCACGUGUUGUGAUGUUGUCAGUGUGAGGGUGAACGCCGUUGCCAUUCUGGGCAUCACUGGCAGCACAUUAGCCAAAGAGAAGGGCACUGCUGAAACCCUUCAGAUGAUUGGAAAGGCCUUGCUCGAAGUUGCCACAAGAGAUGCCGACCUAGUUGUAAAUGGAGAAGCCCUUGACGCCUUGUUUGACGUGUUUGCGGAUGGAGACGAAGCAGAGGCAGCUGCUAAGAGCAUCCAGUUACUACCUGCACUGAAGGCACUUCAACCUGUCCUUAAGGCCAAGAUUCGUAAAGAAGGAAGAGGCAAGUACAGCCCUCAGCAGCUGUGUGUGCUAGACAAUAUCAAAGUCAACCUGAGAAGAUUCAUUGGUUAUCUGGAGAAGGUGGUGAACAAGUGAGGAGAGUUAGAUGGUAUGGUUUGGACAGAUUUUGUAUGCUAGUAGAAGAUGGAUACAUUAUGUGGACAUGAAACCAUAAAGUAUUUAUUAUGUCAGUAGUCAUCGGUGUAUUAUUGCUUGGUUUCAGUGUUUAUAUUCUCUAAAUAAUGAUUCACUAUUUUACUUUGUGAUGUGAAACUAUUUGUUGUGAAGAAAGAAGUGGAAGCUAAUAAUGAUUAGUUACUGCUUGUUGCAGUAAGGUUUUUUCCUCCUAUGUUUAACUGCAAAAAAUUUCAGACUCAAAGUUGUAUAUUUUCAUGUCCCUUGGUGACAUUUUAGUAGAACAGGUGUGGUGAGCUGACACCACCUUUUGAUAUAGGUACCCUUAUUUUAGCUCUGUAUUGCAAGUGGGCUAAACUUUUGAUAUUUGCAGUUCUACUAGUCCUGACCAGUGGUAAGAGCGCUAUUCACAGUUGCUCAUUGUAGGUCCUUGUGAAAGUGGUUUUAGUGCCAGCUACUAUAUGAAAAGGAGGUUUUGGAUAUGUAAUCAUUUAUUCUGUCUUUGUUUAAGAGAAACAUGUCAUUUCAUUAACUGUUUAAGCUGAAAGAGUAGGGCACACCCACUGCUCCAGCUUGUUAAGGAAUUAUAAACCACACACAAUUUCAGAGACAAAUUUGAGGGAAAAUGUGAAUAUGA